AUGCGUUACUCCCUUGUUGCCGCCGCCAUCGUCGGCUCAACAAUGGCGGCCCCGAAAUACUACGAGGCAGUCCCAUCUGGCUACAGCAGCAUUCCCUCUUACCCUGCCUCGCCGCCACCGCCCUAUCCCACGUCUACUCCAUGUGAUGAUGAGGCAACGCCCACGCCCAGCACUCCAGCUGGCGCUGUCUCCACCCCUGGCUCGAGUGCCCCAGGUUACCCGGCCUCAAGCUACCCAGCCUACCCAGCCUCGAGCUACCCAGCUUAUCCGGCCUCGAGCCUCCCUCCUUCUCCGGAGUCGAGCUACCCAGCCUACCCGGCCUCAAGCUACCCGGUCUACCCAGCUUCAAGCCUGCCUCCCUCCCCGGAGUCAAGCUACCCAGCUUACCCAGCUUCGAGCCAACCUGGCUACCCAGCUUCGAGCCAACCCGCCUACCCAGCUUCGAGCCAACCUGGCUACCCAGCUUCGAGCCAACCUGGCUACCCAGCUUCGAGCCAACCUGGCUACCCAGCUUCGAGCACUCCAGUGGCCUCAUCAAGCACUAUUUGUGACGAGGAAUCGAGCACUCCAGCUAGCGCUGUCUCCACCCCUGUCUCGAGUGCCCCAGUCUACCCGGCUUCUAGCUACCCAGCUUAUCCAGCCUCGAGCCAACCUGGCUACCCAGCCUCAAGCUAUCCAGCUUACCCAGCCUCGAGCCAACCCGCUUACCCAGCCUCGAGCCAACCUGGCUACCCAGCCUCAAGCUACCCAGCUUACCCAGCUUCGAGCCAACCUGGCUACCCAGCCUCAAGCUACCCUCCAUACCCCACUGGCAAAGUUUCCUCUAGCAGGGCAGUCCCAUCUUCGUCCACGGCAACCCACCCUGAGGAUAUCACCACGACGUACACCAGCACCAGCACAGUCUUUGUGCCAUGCUCUACCUCUAUUGGCACUGGUGAGCAUUCGUCGGUUAUUUACUCCACUUAUCUCACGGCAUCAUACACGCCUAUCAUAGUUACCUCCACGGUCUAUGGAUGCGGAGACAAGUGCCCGAAGCCAACACCCUCCUCGGAUGUCCCGCACUACCCUGCUGUAACUCCUCCCUCACCUCAGCAGAGCCAUCCUCCUACCUACCCCCAACAGAGCCAUCCUCCUACCUACCCACAGCAGAGCCAGCCCCCUACCUACCCCCAGCAGAGCCAGCCCCCUUCGCCUCAGCAGAGUAAGCCUGUCCAGCCUGACCAGCCUGUCUACCCUCAGCAGUACCAGCCUCCGUCGCCUCAGCAGAGCCAGCCUCCUACCUACCCCCAGCAGUACCAACCUCCGUCGCCUCAGCAGAGCCAGCCUACCCAGCCUAACCAACCUGUCUACCCUCAUAGCGAGCAGCCUCCUGCGCCUUACUGCCCCCCUGCUGGAGUCGUCACGGUAACUGUAACUCAGACCCAGACUGUAACAACGACUGUUACCCCCGAUGCCUAUGAACAUGGGUACACACCGGGACCAGUUCCUUACCCUAAUGGACCUAAGCCGUCUUACCCUGCUGGACCUAAGCCAUCUUACCCAGCCGGACCUAAGCCAUCUUACCCUGCAGGCGCCCAGUCUUCUCCUUAUUACCCUAUCCCAAGCAGCACCUCUCAGGGACCUCGCCCUACGGGAUACGUACCAUCGAGCAGCAUGAGCUAUCCUAGCUACCCUGCUGCCUCGCCCUCUUCACCCGCCAACGGCUACCCAGCUGCGUCACCCUCUCCUUACCCUGGAACCGGUUACCCAGCUGCCUCGCCCUCUCCUUCCCCCGCAAAUGGCUACCCGGCUGCCCCGCCUUCCCCUUACCCCGGAACCGGCUACCCAGCUGCGUCACCCUCUCCUGCCUCUGGAAACGGUUACACCGGCUACAACGGUUACCCCGCCGGAGACAACUAAGCUAUUGAGCCUAACAUUGUAGUGUGAAAGAUGGAAAAUAUUUCUCUUGUCAAGCCAUGCAACAAUUCUAGGGCGGCACAGGUGUUAUCAACGGCAAUUGGGAGGGGAACCUUGUAGCUCUUGCACUGCAGAGUAGUUACUUCUUCGAUCUUGCCUAGUAGUAGCGCUUAGUGGUUUUUUGUUUCCUUUGUACUCGCGGUUCCUUAAUUUAAUAUUAUUCACUGUAUAUAUUCUCAGAUCACGGUAUAGAACGGUUGUUUACGAUUGGAGAUGUUGUUUCUUUGCGUGUUUUUCUUGGAUUUACUUUGUUUCAUAGAUAGCUCUAUCAAAUCAAUAACUAACUUGAGUCACUCCU